AGAUCAGCAGCGUCGCCACGGAGAGCGGAUAUGGCGUAGAACAAGUACGUUGAAGUUUUGAACCGUUUUGAGCGGCGGAAUCAGUGCUCAGGGAGACCAUGAGCAAACACGGGGAUUCAUGGGAUAGGCUGGACACUGAUUUUGACCAAUGUCUUCUUGACAUGAAGCCAUAUGUCCUUAAACACCCCAACAAGACAGAGCGCCAGCGGUGUGCCAUAUGGAUCAAGAAGCUGUGUGAUCCAGCCUCUUGUGGUUCAGGUCUGAUAAGUCGUGAGAACCGCAACAAGUAUGCCCGUUUGCUCCUCAACAUGCUUAAAAGAGGGGUCCUGGAGUUGCCUUUCACCAGCAAACCAGAACCUGGAAGCCUCAAGACGCUCCCGACUUACAUGUUCAUCUACUAUGAUGAGCCACUGACUGGUCGGGCUGUGGAACACAGCACAGCAGGUAUUCCUGAGUGGGUGACAGGAGAGCUGGGUGGCUGUUCUGAUGACAGUUUGGCUGUCGGUCACCUAAAGGACAGAUCCAGUUCCACACCUGUUGCAGCUCAUCACAGGAGAAGGCUGUAUGAUGAAAAGAAUCCAUCCCAACCCACGUCCUCCAGUCCACUCAAACAAUCACCAAGACAUGAUGCGCGGAUGGUGGAUGGGGGGCUGAAGACAGAUAUGUCUCGCGAUGACAGUGACCUGGAGGCUCGUCUCAACAGCUGGAACCUUGGGAUUGAAAACCCCAGGUAUUUGCGGGAGAAGCCCAUUCCCUUGUCUCCAAUUUUCAAGUCAAGCUUUGGGAGGAACAGCACCUCGGCCGAUGAUCAGGGCCCACAGCUUGCUCAGAGCAAAGAGAGUGAAAUGAAAAUCAAGGUCCUCGAGGCAAAGCACCAGGAGGAGAAAUUGAGGCUGCAGCAGAGACACGAUGCAGAUGUGGAGAAAAUUCUUGAUCGAAAGAAUGGUGAGAUUGAGGAGAUGAAGAGCAUGUACCGGGUCAAGCAGAGGGAAUCGGAGGAGCUGAUCCAUAAGCUGGAGAAGAAAGUUCAAAGUGUGCUGCGGGAAUCCCAGGUCAUCUGCGAGAGCAAAGAGAAGCAGAUUGCAGAGCUGAAGAAGAUGUCUGAUCAGGGCGCCGACUCCUUGAAAAACGAGUUGGAGAAGAAGCUGCAUGCCGCUGUGACAGAGAUGGAGCAGGAGAAGUUUGAGUUGCAGAAGAAACACACUGAGAGCAUCCAGGAGCUGCUGGAGGACACCAACCACAGGCUGGCUAAGAUGGAGGCUGAGCACAACGCUCGGUCUCAGGCAACUGAGCAAACGAUGCAUGGGCUGGAGCAGCGGGUGAAGCAACAGUCGGUGGAGGUGGAGAAGGGCAACGUGCUGCGUCAGAAGGUGACACAGGAGAAGGCCCAGUUGGAGAUCCACAUUGCAUCCAUCAGUGCUGAACUGCAAGAGGCCAACAGAAGGUCUGUGAAAGAACUUCUUAUUCUGCAGAGGGAGAAGGAGCAGCAAAGUGAGCAACACGAGCAUGCUGUGCUGAAACUCCAAGCCAAACAUGAGACUGACAUGAGCCACUUGCACCAGGAGCAUGCACUGUCUGCUGCUAAGGCCUCUGAGGUGAUCGAGGACUUAGAGAAUUCUAUAGCUCAUUUUAAGCAGCAGCUCCUGGACAGUGAACAUCGAAAACACCAACAAGUCAGGGAUCAAGGGAUAAAGUUUCAGCAGGAAAAAGAUGAACUGCAGAUCAACUGUGAGAAAAAGGUCUUGGUUAUCCAGAGUGAAGCAGAGAGAGAGAGAACAGAUGCUAAGAAGAAGAUAGCUAAACUAGAAGAUGCACUCAGAGAGAUGGAGAGCCAGCUGGACCGAGCCAGGGAGAGCCAAAGGCAGCAGAUCCAGCAGGCUGAUAUCGCACUGGAGCAGUUCAAGAGGCAGGUGGAGCUCAGUUCGGAGAAGGCAUAUGUGGACAUGAAACUCCAGAUGGAGAAGGUGGAGGAGGACCUGAACCGCUCCAAGUUUCUCAGGGAGAACCAGGCCAAAGAGUUCUCCCAGCAACUUGAUGCACUCAGACAGAAAUAUGAGCAACAGAUGGCUGAGCAGCGCAUGCAGCACGAGCAGGAGAGGACGCGGCUACAGCAGCAGCACAGCGCGGAAAAGGACAGCCUGGUCCAGGAGCGCCAGCGGGAGGUGAGCAGCCUUGAGAGGCAGGCCAGGGCCGCCCUGCAACAGCACCAACAGCACACCCAGGAGUGGAGGAAGCGCGAUGCCCAGGCAAUUUCAGAUCUGGAAUCCCAGUUAUCAAGUCUACACGAUGAACUUCAGUGCGCCCAUGCACAGCAUAACCAACAGUUGGCUGAGAUGGCGUUGCUCUGGGAGGAGGAAAAACAGAAAGUGUUCCUGGACAAAGAGGCGUCUCUGGACCGGCUCCGCUCUGACAUGGAGCGCAUUCGCAGCGACCUUGAGAGAAACCACCAGCAGGAGAGGGACACCGCACAAGAGAAGACCAACACCAGGCUGAAGCAGAUUGAGAAGGAGUGCGCUCAGAAGCUCGCAAAGAGUGCCCUGUUGAUCGCAGAGUUGCAAACAUCGGUUUGUGACUCAAAGGAGGAGGCCGUCCGUCUGCAGCAGGCAAUGGAGAAGCAGUUGGAGGAGAGCAAUACGAGAUGGGAUGAAGAGAGGAGGACGAUAACUCACCACGCAGAUCAUGCCAACAAGGCUCUGCAGGGAAAGGUGGAAAGUCUACAGAGGCAGCUGCACAGCUCUGAGAAGAAGCUACUUAACAAAGAGCUGGAGACCGAAGAGAAGGUGACCGCGGCGUGUCAGGAGUACGAGGGGAAGAUCAAAGGUUUGAUGCCGUCGGAGCUCAGACAGGAACUGGAGGACACCAUCACCUCUCUGAAAGCUCAGGUAAACUUCCUCCAGAAGAGAGCCUCUCUGCUGCAGGAAGAAGUGGACGCCUGUCGCAGCAGGAGGUAACCAUGGAGAAAUCACAGCUUCACCAGACACUGGAAUAUGAAGGACACGACGUCCAAUCAGAUGUGAGCAUUACUGACUGUUACAUGUUUUUAAACGCCUGUCACAUGGUUUUCUUGUCUAUUUAUUAACUAUUCCUUUAUGAAAAAUGAAUCUACAUUUUUAUGUUCACUGCUGGUUACAUUGUUGAGUUUUUUUUACUUUUUAUGACAUCACUCGCUUGUUGUUCUUACUGAUAUUUAAGACUUUGACGAUCAAUUGUCAAAUCCAUCAUUUAAUAAAAAACUA